GGACCGGAGAAAACAUACGCUCAUGUGUGCAGCCGGAGAGUGGUAACAGCCAACGCAAGGCACGUCGAACUACAGAUCCCACAAUACAACGGGGGAAGGACGCGCUUUUUCAAGGCCCGAAACCGACUUCUGAAGGGGAGGACGCAACGAGGCACGCUGGGACUUGUAGUCAACUGUUCCACGUUGAGCCGGAACUUAACCCACCCCACCCCCCAACCCGGUGCCACUUCUUAAAGCCCAAACAUCCGAUUCCACGUCAAUAGAAGGCACUUGGAUUGCACGUUUUAGAACUUUUUCACCCACAGGCGUAUGCUAGCAAAACUUACAGGCUUCGUCGUUUUUGACAGACAUUUAGACAACAUUUAUUGAGUUUCUGUAAGUGUCAGGACCUAACAGCCAGACGUUACAUUCUACCCGACUUCACAGAAUUUAAUUUUUUACUGUGCUACUUUAUUCUGGAGCUCAUAAAUGAAGUACGUCCUCGACAAAGAAAUGGAGAAUUCUCACCUCCAGUGCAUUCCCUAGAAGCCACCAUGAGGUGUUCAGGCAGACCCAGGCAGAAGACUGAUCUUUGAAAAUAUGUAUUUGGGAGAUAAUCACGUUCUGUUGAAUACCUUGUGCUGGUGCUGCCAUCGAAAAAUCUGGUUACAGUCUGGGAAGGCCUGCUACGGUUGCAGGACUGAACCACCUCGGCCCUGA